UUGUGGUCGGCAUCUGGCCUCGCGCGAUGAUUAGAUUAAUUAGAUCGUACGGUUAGGAUUGUCUAGUUUGUAGGUAUUGACUGAUUUACAUUUGUUAUUAUGGCUUCCUUGGUUGCGGAUUACGGGACUUCCUCCGGUUCGGAUGGCGAGACGGAUGACGACGUUUCGGACAAUGCCUUUAAGGGUGUGGAGAAGGUGGAUUCAGAUGGGGAGGAUGAAGAAGAAGAGGAUAGCAAAGAGGAGGACAACAGGGAUAAUGGUGGACACAUGAGAAUAACUGAAACAACAGCUUCCAAAGAAAAACUUCCAUUACCCACGCCAGAUUUCAACAGCGCGUCUACGUUACUGAGGACUUCAGUAUUCCUGAAUCCGUUUGUUGAAGCGGAGCGAGCGAAAAGCGCAAUCCUGGAGAAGCAUGUAAAAAUGACGCCCACGCUGGACGACACAAAGAUGAUAAAUGGUCGUAAGAUCUGCUGGAACUAUCGGAAGGGUCGUUGUCGUUUCGGCCACAAUUGUACUUUUGCCCACGACUCGGAUCUGCAUCGCAGCGCGGCUGAAUUGGAGGCCCUACGAACGCCACAGGAAACGCUGGUCUGUCAAACUCGGUAUAACGGGCAGCAGCAACAACAGCUGCAGCAGAUACUGCCACCCCCGAACGACGACGAGAAUGAGGUAGAUCAGGAGAAUAAUCAGACAGUAAACAGAAAGCGUAAGAAAAGGCCCGGUCUGUGCCAAUUGUUACUUCCGAGUAAGAAAGUUUAUAAGCAGUUUAAAGCGCAACAACAACAGCAACAACAAACCAAAACUAGAUGAAUACUAUUUCUUUAUUUGGCGUAGUAAUAGGUUGAUGAAAUUGUCUUCUAGCUCAGUCGUUACAUAUUUUUUGCAAAUCGGAAAAUACGCGCAAUUUGCAUUUCUCCGAAAUAUUAAACAGACUUUACGGACGCUUUUAAUAAACAAAAAUAAUAAAAGAAAUAAUUUGGCAAACAUUUUAGAAAAUAGAAAUUGUGAGAAAGUAAAAAUUAUAGAAGAAAAGAUCACAGCGAAUAAUUUUGAAUUCGUUCUUGUAUUAUGCUUUUGAGAAUUGAAUUCUCAUUUUUAUCGACAAAGUAGAACCCAUUAGUGUACAGCGAUGAGACCGAGAUCUCGCAUAUCUCGUCUAAAAUCUAGAUUAAUAUUUAUUUAAACGAUUGCGCAAACAAAAAAAUUGAUAGAUAUUUAAAGGAAAAAGAAAAAAUUCCGACUUAUGCUUCCAAUAUGAAGAAACAUACGAUGUGUAGAAUAGGAACUUUAUUUAAGAGAAACUUUUGUCUCAUAUAAAUUCGCAAGACUAUCCAAUGUGUGCACAAAACGGCGCGUAUGCGUAUUCUUCUUAAGAUUCGUCUUUUGUAAUGCAAUGUACGAGUAAAUCAUGUCUUCUCGUUAUUUUAUUUUCUCACGUUCAUCAUCAUUAGCUAAUUAUUUACUAAAAUACUAAAUAUUUGAUAAUACUGUUUGUAAGAAUGUUUAUUCAAAUAACAUUCUACGAUUGAAUUCAUACACUAAGGAUGUAUUGUAAUAUCAUGAUAUUUGACGAAUUAGGAAUAUAUCUCGCUUUCCGUUCUUUAUACCGACAGGCGAAGAAACAUCCUGUAUACCUGACACAAUAAUACUUCCAUGCGUUUUUGUGAAUUUAGGAGUAAUCCAAGCGCAAUUGCUUGAUUAUAUCCUUUUUAUAAAAGAUAAAUAUUUAUUUUACAUUUCCUUAUACUGCGAUCGA